AUGACUGAUCUCAAGACUGUUGUUUCCUCCCCUGGUGAUGCUCGCGCUGAAUCAGUGCGAGCAGCAGAAAUGUCUACUACUAGAGAUAUCCCUUUGUGGAAGUACAUCUGGCGUCAUAGUCUGACCCAGAUGAUACUUCUGAGCAUCCAAGCCUUUUGUGGUCCUGCCAUGUCAGAUGCUAUUGCAGGCUUGGGUGGCGGUGGUCUUGCUACUCCUCAGGUAUCCAACAUUUCGACUGCCCUUCGUUAUGCUGCUUUAGCUUUCACUUGCUUCAUGGGUGGUCCAAUUGUCAACAAACUCGGUGUCAAAUGGGCUCUUGUCAUCGGUUCCAUGUCGUUCCCCAUUCAAGGCUCGGCUUAUUACUGCAAUAGCAAGUUUGGCAAUCAAUGGUAUCUAAUCUUGAGCGGUGCAAUUGGCGGUAUCGGAACUGGUUGUUGGUAUGUCGCUGAAGCUGGCGCCAUUAUGACUCUGGCCCCUUCUGGAGCUCGUGGUAAAUAUCUAGCUUUGUGGAUCGUCUCUCGUAAUCUAGGACAACUCGUGGGUGGUGCUAUCAAUCUGUCGAAGAACCAUGAGAAGGGCUUCAGUCUACCUUUCGCAUUUAUGAUCACACCAUUUCAGCACGUUAUUCGCUCUGAUGGUACCAAAAUCGUCACAGCUGAAACACUUUCGACGAAGUUGGAGGUUAGGCGUAUCGCAAAGACCAUGACUUCAAGGCUCAUCACCUUGUCUGCCAUCUGGGCUGUCUGGUCCUUCUUUUACAGUGGCUCUUGGUCAACCUAUCUCGGAAUCCAUUUCACUAUCCGCGCUCGAGCUCUCUCAUCCCUCAUAUCUCCUUUCUUUUGCAUUAUCGGCUGCUUCGGCCUUGGUUUCAUCCUGGACGCCGAGAAGCUCGCACAACGACGCCGUGCACAGAUUGGUCUCUACACCGUCGUUAUCCUUAACGUCGGAGUUUACAUCUGGUCAAUCAUUAUGCAAGCUCGUUUUGAGCGGAACGACCCUGGUGCCAUUGACUGGGACGAUAAUCUGUUUGCGACUUCCUUCUUGCCAUACUUCUUUGUGCAGACAACGGGGCCACUGUCACAAUCAUACAUGUACUGGCUUUUGUCUUCAUUUGCUACUGAUGCACAAGAAAAUGUUAGAAACGGUGCUGCAUUUAGAUGUCUCGAGGCCAUUGGUCAAGCUAUUGCGUAUGGCAUGAACACACAGACAAAGAGUGAUCCCCUGGUCGGUUUCUGCGUAACAUUCGCUCUGCUCGGCGCUUCGCUACUACCCAUGAUCAUGCUCGUUAACAGCACACCCGACAGAAUCCCUGCUGAUGAGAUUGCUGAGCAGCAGGCAAUGGGAGAUAAGCUUGGGGACAUUGAAGGCCAGCGUGUCCAACUAGAUGAGGGCCAGAUCAAGAAAUGA